AUGGAAUGCAACAAGGAUGAGGCAGCAAGGGCCAAAGAUAUAGCAGAGAGGAAAUUUUUUGAUAAAGAAUAUGCUGGUGCGAAAAAGUUUGCUCUCAAGGCUCUAAAUCUGUUUCCUACACUGGAGGGUCUUUCUCAGUUUCUAACAACUCUUGAUAUUUAUAUCUCUGCUGAGAAUAAAAUAAAUGGAGAAAUGGAUUGGUAUGGUAUACUUGGAGUGUAUCCAUUUGCUGAUGAAGAGACAGUUAGGAAGCAGUACAGAAAGCUGGCUCUCAAUCUUCACCCUGACAAAAACAAGUCUCCAGGUGCAGAAGGUGCAUUUAAGCUUGUUUCAGAGGCUUGGAGUUUACUGUCAGACAAGGUCAAAAGAUUAGCAUAUAAUCAAAACAGGAGAUUGGAAGGAUUUCAGCAUAAUGCUCCCAACCAUGUUGGGACACAAUCAGAAGCACCCAGUUCAAAUGGUUUUUAUAAUCUUAACAAGAAUACUACUUCAAGUGCGAGAACUGGAAAAAAUAAUACUCGGGCACGUCCAACCUCCAUUCCUCCACAUAAAAAUGCUACCUUUUGGACUAUCUGUAGUGGUUGCCAGACACAUUAUGAGUAUCUCAGGAUAUAUUUGAAUCAAACCCUUUUAUGUCCCAAUUGCAAACAAGCUUUUGUGGCUGUAGAGAAGGCUCCACCUACCAAUCUUUUUGAAUCCUCUAAUUGGUCUUCUCAGCAAGAUCCUCAUAAGUCUUCUUGGCAGCACUCCAAUGUUGGAAGGAGUGACCCUGUGAAUCCAGGAAGAACUAGUACAGUUUCGCACAAUUUACAUUCCAGCAGUCCUUUGGGCACAUCUUUUAAUAACACAAAUUUCCAGUGGGGUCCUCACUCACAAAAGGGUGGUUUUGUUAGAAAAGAUGGAUCAUCAGCUUCUGCUUCAAAUGUUAAGCAAAAGUCAAGUGACUCAAGAAGAGAAUGCGAGCAAGGCGAGAAACCUUUGAAGAAAAUGAGGGCAGGUGAUACGCACAUGUAUAAUACAAAUCACAUGACCAUGAGUGAUGGAUCAAGCAGUUUGGGCCGUUUUUAUGAAUCAGGAAAAGCUAAGCAUUACAGCAUGAGAGAGUUGUCACUGUUUGAAUUACGGAAUAUGUUGAUUGCCAAGGCCCAGAUUGAAAUUCGCCAUAAACUUCAAGAUUGGCGAUCAACGCCCCAAGCUAAGAUUACAAACAAGGACAAAGGAAACAUGAGACAGAGAAGCACAUUCUAUGACAAAACAUGUCCUGAGAAGCAUGGAGGUUCUGCACUUAAUGGUAACCGACAUGUUGACAGUGAUUCUAUCGUAGUCAAAUCUGAUGAUACUGUAAAGGAAAAACCAGCCUUUGUUACAAUCAACGUUCCAGAUCCUGAUUUUCACAAUUUUGACUUGGAUAGAACUGAAAAUUCUUUUGGGGAGGACCAGGUAUGGGCUGCUUAUGAUGAUGACGAUGGAAUGCCUCGCUAUUAUGCUAGAAUACACAAGGUGAUUUCUACAAAACCAUUUAGAAUGAGGAUCAGUUGGCUUAACUCUCGAAGCAAUGACGAAUUGGGCCCAAUAGAUUGGGUAGGUUCUGGUUUUUAUAAAACCUGUGGGGAUUUCAGGACUGGCAGGCAUGAAUUGACCGAUUCUUUAAAUUCCUUUUCACAUAAGGUAAGGUGGACAAAGGGCACCAGAGGAGUUGUUCGCAUCUUUCCUGGCAAGGGGGAUGUCUGGGCUCUCUAUAGAAACUGGUCUCCUGAUUGGAAUGAAAAUACUCCAGAUGAAGUGAUACACAAGUAUGAUAUGGUGGAAGUGCUUGAAGAUUCCAAUGAAGAAGGUGUAUUGGUCACACCACUUGUUAAAGUUGAUGGUUUUAGGACAGUGUUUCACAGGCACAGCCAUGGUCAGGCAAGAAAAGUUCCUAAAGUGGAGUUGUUUAGAUUCUCUCAUCAGGUUCCUAAUUACUUACUUACUGGGCAAGAAGCUCAUAAUGCUCCAAAGGGCUGUCAAGAUUUGGAUCCAGCAGCUACUCCUUUAGACCUCCUUCAGACAACAGAUGAAGCUAACGAGGAAUUGGAUAAUGUUGGAAAAUCGAAGGAAGACACUUUUCUCGGAUCACCUAUAAAACAUGCUGCUGAUUAG